AUGUCGGAUGAAAUUGCCGAGAAUGGGACUGCGAAUGGAGACGUACCGGAGAUCGAGCUAAUCAUAAAGGCAUCGACAAUCGACGGCAGACGAAAGGGAGCAUGUUUGUUUUGCCAGGAGUAUUUCAUGGACCUGUAUCUGUUAGCCGAGCUCAAGACCAUCAGUUUAAAAGUGACGACAGUGGACAUGCAGAAACCGCCGCCAGAUUUCCGUACCAACUUUGAGGCGACGCAUCCGCCGAUCCUCAUCGACAACGGCCUCGCCAUCCUCGAGAACGAGAAGAUCGAACGGCACAUCAUGAAGUCAGUGCCCGGCGGACACAAUCUAUUCGUGCAGGACAAAGAAGUUGCCUCGCUAAUCGAGAACCUGUACUCGAAACUGAAGCUGGUACUUGUGCGUAAGGACGAGCAGAAGUCGGCCGCAUUGCGCGCACACCUUGGACGUAUCGACGCGUUGCUCGAGCGCCGGGGGACGAGAUUUCUGACAGGUGACACCAUGUGCUGUUUCGACUGCGAACUGAUGCCGCGUCUUCAGCACAUUCGCGUCGCCGGCAAAUACUUUGUGGACUUCGAGAUACCGACGAGUUUCCGCGCGCUCUGGCGCUACAUGUACCACAUGUACCAGCUGGACGCGUUCACGCAGAGCUGUCCCGCAGACCAGGACAUCAUCAACCACUACAAACUGCAGCAGGCGCUUAAAAUGAAAAAACACGAAGAACUCGAGACGCCGACCUUCACCACGUCGAUCCCCAUCGACGUCAACGAUUCGAGCACCACCGAAUAA